GCUCGCCAGCGACCGGUGUCAUUCGGCAGGACAGGGCCGCUAUGGGCUACUACUCACCGCUCUUCACGUUCUACUACGUGGUCUUGCUCGUAGCGAUCGUGAUAGCGCUCUAUUUGCUCUUCACCGGAUCAGGCGAGGAUUUCAAUGUCGGAGCGUUCCUCGAAUCGACUUCGCCUCAUUCAUGGGCUCUUAUGGGCGUCGGGCUCAACAUCGGCCUAUCUGUCAUCGGAGCAGGCUGGGGCAUCUUCAUCACAGGAGCGAGUAUACUGGGCGGUGGUGUGAGGACACCGAGGAUACGGACGAAGAAUCUCAUCUCCAUCAUCUUCUGUGAAGUCGUCGGCAUUUACGGCGUCAUCGGAGCGAUCGUUUUCAGUGCGAAACUGAACGGCAACGCGCCAAGUCAUGCAGAGCUCUACUCUCCCGCGAAUUAUUACACAGGCUUCUCACUCUUCUGGGGUGGACUGACCAUGGGCGCAUGCAAUCUACUGUGCGGUAUUGCGGUGGGUAUCAGCGGGUCCAAUGCAGCGUUGGCAGACGCAGCCGAUCCGACGUUGUUCGUCAAAAUCCUCGUUGUCGAGGUCUUCAGCAGUAUCCUUGGCCUCUUCGGUCUCAUUGUCGGUCUGCUAGUGUCGGGCAAGGCGGCGGAAUUCAACUAGACGAGCACGACACGAGUCCACUUGUAACCUCAUGCAAAUCUGUUCUGUCGCG